AUGACAGAGAAUAGCAGCUACGAUCAAAACUUGAAACAGCUCAACAAGUACUCAACAAACAAGAUAUCAAAACCAAUCAAGAAAUACUCACCAUUUGAUCAUCAUCAACAACUGAAUGGUUAUCAGCCUAAGCAGCAGAAAACUCAUGUUUACAAUAUAAACAAAAGUGAUUUCAGAACAUUAGUUCAACAGCUUACUGGUCCUAAUUCUUCUUCCCAGUUUCAUCAUCCUCUUCCACCACCACAACCACCACUAAUACAUAAUCCUAAACCUCAAAUAAGCUCUCGUCUAUAUAGUAUUCGUCCACCACCCCUUACAACAAAAACCCCUGUUCUCUCCUCUGCCACCACAAUCACCACCGUCAAAGAUGAAGAGUAUCGACCACAGGUGUCGGGUUUAUCACCUCUUCCGGCUUUUCCAAGUGUUAAUUUCACAGCUGAGUCUCCAAUUUCUGCUUACAUGAGGUAUCUAAGAAGCUCUACACCAACUAAUACUACUAAUACAAAUGAUUUUGAAUCAUCAAAGGGCCAGUUUGAUUUUCUUAAUACUUGUUCAUUUCCUUCACCUACAACAACAGCUCAAUUAGAGUUCCCUCCUACAACUCUUGCACCAAGCUGGAAAAAUGUCUGA